AUGUCCCUGUCACCACCGACGUCGCCUCUGCGUCGCUCCCAGAUCCGGAUUGAUCGCGAUGAAUAUGAUCGCCUUCGAUCAGUGGCGUCGAAAUACGGCAAGUGCAAAAGAGAAAAUCUCUGCCAACAUUUGAUCCGGGGAGGAGUAGACACAGACACCAUUGAGAUCCUUAGCAAGAGCCAUGAUUCGCAAAGUUCCGAAAACGAGGCUUUCGAUAGUUUCAGCAGCCCUGAUGAUGAACAGUCAGACUCUUCAAUCGCCAGUACCAUCGUAACUUAUCGUGGCAGUCCAUACUCGGCUGGCGGUCCCCUCUACGCUGUCACGAAACACACAAGUCUUGCUCCAGAGAGUGAUUCUGAAUCUGAGAUCUUCUCCGAUUCUGCGAUAUCCCACGACCAGAGUUCAUUGAACCCAGACGACUCGGCGUCUGUUGUAGCCACUCGGCAUACGUACGAGCAGAGCGCCAAACGAACAUUGCAGCUUGGCGAUUUGCCUCCUAAUAUCUCUCGCGCUGAUGUUGUUGCUGUUGUUCGUGGCGGACCGGUCGCAGAUAUAUACUUCAACCUCAAGGAAAGGCGAGCCGUUGUAUCGUUUGUUCAUGGUGAACAUGCACGAAAAUACUACAACUAUGCUCAAGAAACUGGCGUGUACAUUCGAGGGUCCCUCAUUAAGGUUACAUGGGCCCUACGCCAGUUCAUUCUUGCACCUUAUGUUUCUCAGCAGCUGCGUGGUGGAGCGUCUCGAAAUCUCGUGAUACGACAUUACGAUCGUCGGAUCACGGCCGACUCUAUUCGUGCCGAUCUCGAGCAUAUUCACAAUCUUGCUGUCGUCAGCAUCGAGCUCUCUGGGCUGGACUGCUACAUUGGUAUAAACUCCAUUACCGCCGCGAGCUUUGCACGCACCUGCAUGAUGAGUCGCUAUCCGUAUAGAGGAUCACGCAUCGAGUGGGCUCCAGAUGAAUGUAUGCAGUCUCUUUCCCAAUUGCGACCCAAGACAGGCGCGCGUGCCCCUAUGAGCCGGGCUAAAACCAACUUGAACCGGUUUUCAUUGCUAGAAAUUGGCGGAGAAAAGGACAUGUAA